AUGAAAGUCUUCGUCACUGGCGGUACUGGUCUCAUCGGCUCAUCUCUAAUCCCUCGUCUCGUCGCCUCCGGUCAUUCCGUCACCUGCCUCGCGCGCUCCGACGCGUCCGCGACCAAAGCUAAAUCUCUCGGUGCCACUCCCAUCCUCGGCUCCCACCUCGACCUUGCCGUCCUCGCCCAUGCCGCCGGCGAGGCUGACGGCGUCAUCCACCUUGCCUUUGACCACGACGGCAUCGCAGACUAUGUCCGAGUUUGCGAUGAGGACCGCGCCGCCAUCGCGGCCAUGUGCGACGCCCUCGGCAGCACCGGCAAGCCGUUCGUCUGCGCCAACGGUACCCUCAUGACCGCUGGCGAGACGGAGCAGUGCGGCAAGAUCCCUAUCGAGGCGUUCCCGCGGUGGAAAUCGGAGGACCUGACCCGGAGCUACGCCGAUAAGGGGGUCCGCGCGACGACCGUCCGCCUGCCCCCUGUUGUGCACGGUCCCGACCGGGAGCACCCCUUCAUCUCGGCCCAGAUCGCGGCGGCGAAGGAACACAAGGAGGCGGGGUACAUCGGCGAUGGGAAGCAGGUGUGGCCUUCUGCACAUGUUGACGACGCGGCGGCGGUGUUCCAUCUGGCGCUGGAGAAGGGGGAGAAGGGCGAGGUGUACCAUGCGGUCGGGGAGGAAGGGGUGGCGGUCAAGGCGAUUGCGGAGGCGGUUGGCGCAAAGUUGGGGGUGGAGGUCAAGAGCUUGAGCAAGGAGGAGGCGAUGGGGCGGUAUGGGUUCGUGGGCCCGUUGAUGGACAUGAGUAACAAGACUAGUAGUGCUCUUACGCAGCAGUGGCUGGGGUGGAAGCCAGAGGGUUAUGGUCUUCUCAAGGAGAUGGAGGCGGGCUACAAGUACUAG